CAGAUGUCUAUGCUUGUAGCGCGAACAGCGCACCCGUAAGGUGUAAUUACGUCACGAAAUGUUAUCAGCUCGAUUAAAAUAAUAAUUGUUCCUUUUCUUUUUUACGGUAACGGAAUCAAGCUUGUGCGGUUAAAGCAGUCGACAGUAUGAAUAUAAUCGAGAAGAAAUGAUCAAACGUCAAAGUAGUUUUAGGCUUCGCGAUUAUCUAGAAUCCACAUAACCUGUUAGAGUUACGUUGACGUUUGCUUUCGGCGGGAAUCUCAAAAUAUUCAUGAUUAUUGUCAAAUCUGCCUGAAAAUGCCACCGAAUCUUCUGAAGAGCAGCUUAGAGAACGCUUCCUUUAACAUUGUAUUUCAGAUAUUUUGCCGCUGUGUCACAUUUGUCUUGAACGCAUUUGUUGUUCGGCAUGUAGGUCAAGCAAUCUUAGGUGUCAUUAAUGUGAGAUUGUUGCUGUUGGAAUCUAUGAUACUGUUCUUAUCACGUGAACCAUUUAUGAAAGCAUGUCUGACUAAUACAGCAGAACAUAACUGGGCUCAAGUUGUGAACCUCCUCUGGUUGACAGUGCCUAUAUGCGUUUUGAUGUCUUUCCUGUUUGGAUACAUUUGGUUAUUUUUGCUCUCUACUACAGAAGCAUUACCACCGUACUAUACAUUUGCAGUUUGGGCAGUUGGACUGUCAUGUAUCAUAGAACUGUCUUCCUUAAUUGUUCAAUUGGUCGCGAGUGCAUUCCUAUUUGUUAGGCUUAAAAUAAUUCUCGACACCAUUAUGAUUACUAUUCGCACCUUGACAUUUGUCCCUCUAAUAUUAUACCAGCCGGAGAAUGCAUUACUUGCAUUUAGCAUAGCUCAACUUGUUGCAGCAGUAUUUUACACUACUAGUCACUACGUGUACUUCCACUAUCAUAUCGCAAAGUUGAAUAAAUACGUGCACAAGCGGAGGAUGUCACUGAAGGAUAGCAGCGACGAGUAUGUGGUGAGAGAAUUUCCUUUUCGCGACGUAAAGGAUUUCUUACCAGGUCAGCUGGCGAACAAUGAUUCAUAUCUUGAUAGAAAGUUAACUGUUCUCACAUGGAGCUUCUUUAGGCAAGGAAUACUAAAACAAAUUUUGACGGAAGGCGAGAGAUUAAUCAUGACUAUAAUGCCGGUACUGACAUUCACGGAACAGGGUAUUUAUGAAGUUGUAAAUAAUCUAGGCUCAUUAGCCGCCAGAUUUAUUUUCCGUCCAAUCGAGGAAAGUGGGUACUUUUACUUCACGCAAAUGAUAAGGAGGGACAAAGCCAUAUCUGAUCAGAACCUGGUGAAGAUACAAGAGAGCGUGAAUGUUUUGACACAUUUGUGUUCAAUCGUUAUGUCUAUCGGUCUAAUCGUCUCGGUGUUUGGUCAAUCUUACUCGAGCACGUUACUUUGGCUAUACGGCGGCUCGAAGUUGACCUUGCCCUUACCUAUCCUCCUCCUAAGAGUACACUGUCUCGCGGUGUUACUGCUGGGAAUUAACGGCGUGACAGAAUGCUACACCAACGCGACGGCCGAUAGCGCGACCAUAAACAAGAGUAACUUGAUCAUGGUGUACGAAUCAAUUGCGUUUCUGGGCGCGUCAUAUCUAUUCGCCACUUGGUUCGGCCCGGUCGGUUUCAUCCUUGGCAAUUGCGUGAACAUGAGCCUGAGGAUCGUACACUCUGCACUGUUCAUCAACAAGAGAUAUCAAGACACGAUCUAUCGUCCCCUACGCGGAUUAGUCCCGAAACCGAUGUUCUCCGCGUCCUUACUCGUAGCCGCGCUUAUCACUAAUAUAUCACACGCCUACUUCUUCCCAGCUGAGAAAGUAUUGCACCUGGUGGUCGGUGUGGUGAUGUUCACGAUCGUACUUACAUCUUGGAUAUACGAGCAUUACGAAUUGAUCAGACUCGGUACAAACAAGUGGUAUGAAAGAAGAAGCAAGCAAAGAAAGAGCGAAUGACCUUAGACUUUUAUGCUGUGAAUUACUCUAUUUAUGAUAAUAUACAAGUUCACUACAGAUUAUAGCUGCAGUGCAGACAGGCUGUUAUAAAUCUUGAAUUAUAAUAUAAUUACACUUA